GUAACAUUAAUAUUGGCCUACACCCCCCUCGGAAUGGUCAUGAAUGUAUGACAUACAAUAACCAGCGCUCGCACUAGUACACCGUAACUAGUAGACAUGGCAUCUUCUCUAUCUUCUCCACCUCUCAAAUCUCUGACUCCCGAGCUAUUGACCCAGCUCAAAGAGCGCAGUGACAAGUUUCUCUUUGAGACCAUCAGCACGAAUUGGAAGUGCAAGUUCUGCCAAACCGCCGACGAGCUGAGCAUCUUCCGACAUGCUGUCGGAUCGCUCAACAAAGAUGAGCAGGAAUUUUUGCGGAACUUCCGCGAGCUCGUUCCACUCACCGUCUACGAUGCUUAUCAACCCUUCGUGGCUCGGUUCUUUGAUACGCCCUGCCAGGAAUCUGAGGUCAUUGACCUCUUUGCACCUGGUUUACCGGCCUUUAUUGCAUCCUCGAGUGCGACCUCGGGUAAGGCGCCCAAAUUUUUCGCCAAGUAUAAAGGAACAGCUUCACGUGCGAUAACCACUCAGAGUCAGAGUGUAUACACCUAUAAUUUAAGAUACAGAAAAAUCUUGAAUGUCUUCCGCGGAGACCAAGACAUCGUUCGAAAAAUUAUUGUCACCCCAGCGAGUGGUGGGUUGUUGAGGAUGCAAAUGGGAUGGAACCCGGAACAAGACGAAGAUAUAAUGUCGUUUAUGGUCCCAGGGGAGACUGCUCCGCACGCAGUAGCCAUGGUCACACAUCACCCCUCAUUUCUUCUCUUGCACGCGUUGUUCGCGCUGGCCAAUCGGGGCGUGGAUAUCCUUAGUGUCCUUUUUUGCACGACAUUGCUCGACAUGUUUAUGUACAUCGAGCGUGAUUGGUCCAGUCUUGUGGACGCCAUUGAUAGAGGGACAAUACCGGAUUUCGAACAUAUCGAGCACGUGCGGGACCAUCUGGAGCGGCACUUGCAUCCAAACCCUGUCCGUGCGGCUGAGCUACGUUCCAUCGGAGCACCUUCCAAGACCGUUGGGUGGGCGAAAUACGUCUGGCCAAAUCUAAAGAUAGCAUUCAGCACCGGAAGCGGCCCUUUCUCGUCUGCUGUGCCAAAGGUGAAACAUAUUCUUGGCCCUGAUGUGAUACUACAAACACCAGGAUAUGGUUGUAGCGAAUGUGUCAUUGGCGCUACUUAUCAGUCUGGGGACCUCAACCGGUUCAAAGUUUUGUUGAUCGAUGCAUUCAUUGAGUACCUUGACGUGGACGCAGAGGAGGUCUCCAACAAGCUAUGCGCGGCGUGGGAGGUUAAACCAGGGAGACUCUAUGAGCCUGUCCUAACCACUUGCAAUGGAUUGUGGCGGUACCGACUUGGUGACGUAGUUGAGCUAUUGGGUUUUGCUCCAGACGAUGGAUCUCCCGUAGUGAGAUUUGUUGAACGGCGGAAUGUGGUUAUCAAAUUCGAUUCCACAUCUGUCACGGAAACUCAGCUGGUCCAGUCAAUAUCCUCUGCAACCCAAGACACAAUCGGGCAAGUUAUGGAGUUCACUUGCUUCAAAGACGCCCGAGAACUCCCCUCGACUGUUGGAUUUUUUGUGGAAUUAGCAAACGAGCCAGGCAAGCCCCCUCAUUUUCCUCAGCGACUGCGGGAUGCCCUCUCAGGUGUGAACGAAAAUAUUAGGCGCGCCUAUGAUGGCGGGGCGUUCGGUAUGCCCACGAUACGAGUGGUCAAGCCAGGAACCUUCGCGCAAUACAGAAAAUGGCGGGGGGAAGCGGCUGCGAUUGGCACAAGUCAAGUGAAAGUACCUGUGGUGAUGUCCGAUACCACCGCUCAAGGGUGGAUAAUGAACAGAGUAGAACGAGAAAUCUAA